AUGAAAUUUGUGUGUGAAACAAAACAAGUUGACAGCAGUGAUAGAAAGCUCAUUGGUGAAUUAUUGAAAUCAGAUAUUGAAAUGAGAAAGCUUGUUAUUUAUCAUACUUCAGUUGGAUUAAUGAAUCAAAUUAAGGAACAAUUUGCCAGUUUUAGUAAUUUUAUUGAAAAUUGUAAAGAUGAAGAAAGAAUUCAAAUUCAAAAUGAAAUUGACACAAUGUCAACAAGUUCAAUUUCAAUGCUAGCAAUGAUCUUGAGAAAUGAGCAAAAUAUUGGUUUCGUUUGGUAUAAACCAAAAUCAGAUUUCAAUACUUUAGAACAAAGAUCAAGAAAUGCUGAUAAGAAAAUUGUAAUUGAUACUUGCAUUUAUCCUUGUUUAAUGUUGAAGGGAUCAAGAAGUGUUUUUGAACAAGCAGUUGUUACAACAAAAUUAACAAAACACAAAUAA